AUGGUUUUUGAUCUCCCAACUAUGGAUUUCACCAGUGGUGAAAUAAUCCAUCUUCGUCGAUUAUGGAGCUCAUUACGACUAUUCAAAACCGAAACCGUGAAACCAGAUCAAAUCAAAAGUCAUAAUCGGCCAUUGCUGUCUUGCAAAACCACAAGAAACACAAAAACCAUCGACGAUAUCAAAGCCGAUGCGUUCAUCAAAAUGUGGUCCACCCAUGUUGUCGAUAUGGAAACACCCAGAUUUUCAGAAAGUUCAUCGUUACUUGACAAAAGUGACGCCGUGAUUACAAAGUUCCAACUAGUAUCCAUGUUCAAACUCCUCACAUUCAUGCUUGACAAUUUGACCCAACCAAGCAUCACCUCUAUGGAUGUUCUCGUUCAAGUCAGCAAAGUGAAUGCAAGGAUCUGGAAUCUUGAGGAGAGUGCCUACAUUCUUGUGGGCGAGGCAUUGACAUCGACUAUACUUGACAUUUUGGGCAGGAAUGUGUUCACCACAGAAAUCGAAAUCAUCUGGCUCCGAUUUUAUUCCACAGUUGCUUCCAGCUUGGUAUACUAUGCCAAAGACCCAGCUUCCACAUUCGUCCCGGAAACUCAUCCUCAUGUUCACAAACUAAGCAUCAGCGAACAAUCCACCAUUACCUCCCGUCUUUCCUUACUGCAUUCUCGAGACGAUUCGUCGUCUUUUACUUCAGUGGAACAAUCUUCAAUUGCUACCUAUACCAUGGGUACCUCCAAACCCACCGUCAUUGACGAAGAUUCCGACGAAGAUACCUCUUAUGAUUUACUCAAUUCCUUCGUGCCAGAAACCACCAACAUCUCAAAAUCAAAAAGUGCAAAGAAGAUCAAAAAGAAUAAGUACGGUCCCACAAAGGGUAAGCCUCCUGCUUUAGUAGGAUGGAACCACCCAAAGAAGCAGUCUGAUGACUGUGUGAUAAGUUAG